GGAAAAUAAAUUGAUUUAGUGUUAAUGGUAUUCCGGAACCUUAGAUUUGUUUUAUUUGUUUCCCUUUAUGUCUUCUACGUUAGCAUAAAUAAGCCGCAAUGGCGGAAGGGGUAGCUGGUUCUACUGAAGCUGGUUCCAACGUAAACACAACAGGGAACCCAACAGAAAUCGCCAUGGCAUAUCUACAAGAUGAGAAGACAGAUGGAGACAUUACUAACCUCAACUUGGGGGAAUUGGACCUGACCACUGAUGAGUUCAUCUUGGAUGAAGUGGACAUUCAUAUUCAGGCCAACUUGGAAGAUGAUCUUGUGAAAGAAGCACUUAAAACGGGUGUGGACCUCCGUCAGUAUUCCAAGCAGGUGGAGACAGAGCUGCAGAGGAUCGAACAGGCCUCCAUUAAAGACUGUAUCCUUUACCGCAUAUAACUUGCAUGUUUUUAUUUCAGGGUGCAAAUAUCCUAAUAGUGCAGCCAUAUUUCAAUCAAGUCAUAUGCUGACAUUUCUCUGUAGAGUUUCUGUUUAUUUACAGUCAAAUUAACGAUUUGUUAGAAAAUCUCUAAAGUAGGAUUAAAUAUAAUCUAAUAGUGAUUCUGUGUGAAGCUCAAGUGACUUUUUAAUCUUCUCUAUUUUCUAUAUGCUAAAAU